UACAUGUCCCACUCAUGUCCCAUUCAUGUCCCAUCCCAUCUCCAUCCAUAUCUCGUCCAUGUCCCAUACGUGUCUCAAUCAUGUCCCACCCCUUCUCCAUCCUUGUCCCACCCAUGUCCUAUCCUUGCUCCAUCCAUGUCCAUCCAUCUCUCAUCUGUGUCCCAUUCAUGCUCCAUUUGUGUCCCAUUCAUGUCCUGUCCCUCCUCCAUCCAUAUCCCAUAUUGCUCCAUCCAUGUCCCACCUAUGUUUCAUCCAUGUCCCAUCCAUAUCCCACCUGCUUCACCCACGUCCCAUCCCUGCUCCGUUCAUACCCGAUAUUUCUCCAUCCAUGUCCUGUCUCUCCUCCUUCAACCAGGGGACGCCCACAGCAGCGAGGACAGCCCCUAUCCCCGGACACAAGCUGUGCAGAACCCCUGGGGUCAGGAUUAAGCACUGCAGGAGCAAACUGGAGCCUCACGAUGCUCAGGUUGGGGUUCUCCUCAGUGGGUCUUAAGGACUGUUCGUGCUCUUCCUUGCAGCAAAGCCAUGGAGCUGAGGCUGCAGGCUGGGACCACCUUGGAUCCCAUGCACCCCGAGUGGGUUAACCCCCUGAAUAAUCACUGUUAUUCCUGCUAUGAGCUGGUGCUGUGGGCUGUGCUCGGGCCACGUCCUCUGCCCCAGCUGGUGCUGGGCAGCCCCGGGAGCGUGUAACUACUUAUAAAGCGAGUUUGGUGCUGGCCAUUUCCUCUUCUCACGGAGUGGUGGGUUAAGGGCCUCUGGCACAUGAUGCACUUCAGAAGAAAACUGUAAAUCGAUGUUCUAAGUCCUUCAUCAACUCCACGGCGCUCGUCAGCGGAGCGUUCAGCGGCGCUUUGAAUACUUUCCACUCGAGAAAGAAGAAUUAUUCACCCAAGAAAACAGGAAACACAUGGCCCACAGCAGUGCCUCUGAUUUGAGUACACCUGUUCUCAUAAUGAGCCCGGCAGCAGAUAUUAACUCCACUCCGGCAGCAGCUCCGUGAACUGAGGCAUGGGCUGCAGUGCAUCGCUCUGGCUGCUCAUGUCUUGUUGCUGGAUUUGGGGCACGGGCCGUGGGACGAUGGAGACGGUGCUUGGCACCCUGGGGAAGGCAACAAUCCUGGCGAUCCCCCCUGAACUCCAGAAGCUCACCCAGCGCUUUGGGACAGCCACGUGGAAGCGGAGCACGGAAAACCCGCUAAGCAAGGAAAUCCUGUUAACGUACUACAAUGGCAGCCACAUCAACUACAAGACGGAACAGAACCACUUCCACCCAUCCAACUUCUCGCUGGAGAUCCUCAGCACCCAGCGGCAGGACCAGCAGCUCUACGAGUACUCCAUCACCAUGGAAGCGACGGAGAGAAACUGGCACAUCCAGCUGAAGGUGUAUGAACCCGUGUCCGAUCCCGUCAUCCACAUCCUCGGCUGGACGCUGGCCAACGACAGCUGCACCGUCACCCUCAACUGCACGGCGGCGCGAGGGGACAACGUGUCCUACAGCUGGGCCAGCACCGAGGCCGGCACCUCGUCGCCCUGCGCCCACAACGGCAGCCUCCUGCAGCUCUCCUACAACCCGGCCAACAGCAGCCUGCCCUGCGCCUGCACCGCCAGCAACCCCGUCAGCCGCCGCACCGCAGCCUUCCACUCCUCCGUCUGCAGCGCCGAGCAGCGGGGCAGCACGAGGACGGGGAUGCUGCUGGGGGUGGUGCUGCCCAUAGUGAUCCUGACCAUGCUCACCGUGGCCUCUGCUGCAGCCUACGUGGCUGCAAACAAGAGACGCUCUCGGGAGCACCCGCCGCCCGCUGAGGACAGCGCCAUGCACACCAUCUACGCCCAGGUGCAGAGGGUGGAGAAGCAGAAGUCCCCCUGCAGCCCCCCGGGCACCGAGCACUCCAUCUGCACCACCAUUUACGCCGCAGCCACCGGCGCAUCCCAGCCCCCCCACAGCCCACAGAACCCCGACACGGAGCCCAUGACGGUUUACGCCAGCGUGAUGCUGCCCAUCAGCUGAGCCUCCCCGCGGGGCAGGAGCCGGCUCCGCCACCGCACCCUGCGUCCAGACCCCGCGCAUCCCUGCAGGGGACCCCGCGCAUCCCUGCAGGGGACCCCGCGCAUCCCUGCGGAAACGGGGCACGCCGCUCCCGGCCCCAAAGCCUCGCGCUGAGGAUCGCCGGAGCCAAGAACGCGGCCAAAGCAAGGCGAGAAAAAGUCGGUAAAGGGAGCAGCGCGGGGACGGGGACGGGACCCGACGACGGCAGCCUCGGAGGGACGGACUCGCCAGGGGGAGCCCACGGGGGCCAACGUGGGGCUGCCUAACCAGAGCAGGAAAGAACAAGCCGACGAAUCAGGACGUGCCCCGUGGACGGUUACGAGGUGCGCCCGAUUGGACCCAACCGUUGGAGAAACGCGGGUGUCACAGCGCGGAGCCCCCCCCCCGGCUCCCCCAGCUCUCCCGUGGCCGUGGGAAGCGCCGCGUCGUUUCUCCAUCCCGUGGGCUGGGUGUCAGGCUGAGCUUGGGGCGAGGGGGGGCGGUUGGCAGCUCUGUGCCCCCAGGAUGCCCAGCACCGGGACAUGGGGAGGUUGGGGGGGGUGGAGCUCAGGGCUGUCGGCUCUUUCCAGCUGUGCCGUAAUCCCACCGCAGCUGGGCUCGGGCAGCAGGGCUGACCUCACCUGCUAUAGAAAAUAAACACAGCAAGUCUUUCGGGAAGGUUUGUGGAGGAGGAUGCGAAGGCUGCAGCUGGGUCAGGCUUUGGGGGCGAGAGAAGUGCAUUUCUACGCAUCUCAAGCUUCCUCUUCCUAUUACUUCAGAAAAACAAAAACAGA